AUGCAAAAUUAUAAUAAUCUUAAAAUAUUUAAAAAUUAUGAAACUGGUAACGGUAUCCAGGCAGAGGAAGCAGGUUAUAUUAAAAAUUUGGGAGAUGAGAAACAUGAGUCUGUAGUCCAACAAGGUUCUGUGACUUAUCACGAUGAGCACGGCCAUCCAGUAGUUUUAACAUACGUGGCUGAUGAACACGGUUUUAGAGCACAAGGCGAUCACUUACCUACACCACCACCCAUUCCAGAAGCCAUUCAAAAAUCCUUAGAGGAAGGAAAUCAUAAAGAGUAUAAAUCAAAUUUAUGA